AUGGGGAGGGGGGACAAGAGAGGGAGAGGAUGGAGCUCAAGAGCAGGGGAGAAGGGUCAAGGGUCGGGAAGGGCCGGAGGACCCACAAAGGUGGCGGAGAGGAGGAAGGGGCACGGGGGUCCCCCUGGCAUCCCCCAGCAAUCCCCGUCACCCACUUCUCUGGUGCGCUCCUGCCCCCUGGGCCCGGUCCCUGCGGCGUCGGGCUCGGGGGACCUUGUGAGGGGCGGGGGCGCUCCACGAGAUGCCGACGCCGACCCCGGCCCGGCCCCCGCUCGGCUCUGCCCGGCCCGGCCCAGCCCGGUCUGGCUCGGUCUGCUCCCCGCUCCGGGUUUUCCCGGGCUCCGGGACGAAGGGAGGGACAACCACUCGGGUACCCAGAAGCCACAGGGCCCUUCCCUCCAGAAGCAGAUGAUUGGCUCUCAGCGUGGCCCAGUCCCGCCUCCAGCUGGCCUCCAUUGGCAGCCGCCGAAGGGACGGUUUAGCCCAGCCACAGCUCGACGGCCUCGAAAGCUUUUUCCCACCCUCCGGGCAGUCAAGAACCUCCUCAAAUAUCCUACAUUCAUGCCUGGUGAGUACCCACGGGCAGGUUCUCCCUUGCUGGCAAAGCUUGACACACGGCCCUCAAGUCUGGCCAAGGCCUAGCCUAGCCAGUUACGGACAGGCGUCUCACCACUGCUCAACAUUUGGGUGGCUCCCUAUCCCCCCGGGAUGGAAACCAAACCGGACUCAAGAUGCCUUUCCAAGCUUGUUCCGUGCUAUUCCCCUUCACACACGUGAUAAGAUAUGCUUGUCUACCUCCCCUGUCUGUGCCUUUACCCGGGCUGCUUCCCCACCCAUCCAAGGCCUAGAGCCCACAUUUUCCUCACCCAGAAUCCCUAGAAAUAAUAAAUCAAGCCCUGAUUUGUAACAGUUGCUGAUUUCUGAGGUGUAAAUGCUCAAACUAACAGUUCAACAGUUGGAUCUGGCUCCAAUGAGCAUCCCCCACUCCCAGCCCUUGCCUCGUAUUUUGUGCUUGUUUACGUCAAUCCUGAAUGGGUGGAAGCUCCUCAAGAACGGGGAAGGCUUCAUUUUGCCGUUAGCGUCUAGCAUGGUGCCCAGCACACAGUAGGUACUUAAUGCUUGGUGACUGGUCAUCAGGAGGCUGACCACUGGAUGACGAAUUCUUUGGCUGGGAGAACGCAAGAAACAGAUGCAGAAUGACCCCUGGGCCUAGCGGCUGCUUCUGCAGAAUCGGGCAGUGUGCAGAGGAAGGCUUUUUCAAUGCUACCCUGGCUCUGCCCUCUUCAACCAGGCUGAACAAGUCCAACCCUUUCAUAGGACAGACCGACGGACCUCCCCAGUACUGAAGAUGGUCCAGCUUCUCUUCUUACUGCUCCAACCGAUGUCACAUGGCCUGACCUUAUGGCCAUCCCCCAGGCCACUUUCCACUGUGACCCCGUCACCAUGGUCAUCAAGGUAACUGCAGCUCAGGUGCCAAGAUGUUGCCAAGGCUGCCGAGCCAAAGGGGAACUUCACGAGGUGCUUGGGACCAAGUUAGCAGAUGGUUCAGCAGACAGAGGGAGAUAAAACGCUGGGAGUGACAGAUGAGACGUGCUGAAGGGUUCCCUCCCUGCCCAUUUAUUAAUGGCUGCCCCCAAUAAAAUCCAAAACAUCA